UGAACACCCCACCUUAUUUUUUUGGACCCGUAGACUUACUACACCUGUAGGCGGUUGACACUAUUACUAAUGUUUUGGCAGUGCGAGUGCCCUCUAUUGACCGGAUGCAUUCAUGCCUUCUUCGGCAAGGUGGAGUUGAGUUGGUGAUCAUAGCAGAAACCAGCAGUCGUUAGCUAACCAUAACCGGGACUGUUAAAAUGUUACCAUUAUCUAUUAAAGACGACGAGUACAAGCCAGCCAAAUUUAACCUUCCUGCCAAGAUUUCAGGAUGGUUCAGAUCAAUCCUAUCUGAUAAAACGUCACGCAAUUUGUUUUUCUUUCUCUGCCUGAAUCUAUCCUUUGCGUUCGUUGAAUUAUCGUAUGGGAUAUGGAGUAACAGUUUAGGUUUGAUAUCAGAUUCUUUUCACAUGUUCUUCGACUGUACUGCACUUUUAGCUGGGCUGGCUGCCUCUGUGAUCUCCAGAUGGAGGUCAAAUGACUCAUUCUCUUACGGGUAUGUGAGGGCGGAGGUGUUGGCAGGGUUUGUGAAUGGCCUGUUCCUCAUCUUCACAGCCUUCUUCAUUUUCUCAGAAGGAGUAGAGAGGGCUUUGGAGCCUCCACACGUGAAUCACGACCGCCUGCUCCCGGUGUCUGUCGCUGGGCUGCUGGUCAACCUGGUGGGGAUCUUUGUCUUUCAGCACGGGGGUCACGGCCACUCUCACGGAGGGGAUGAAGGUCAUGGCCACAGCCACUCUCUGUUUAACGGCAGUGUGGGUCAUGGACACAGUCAUGGGGGUCACGAGACCAAACACGGCCACGGAGAUGGGCACGGCCACUCCCACGGAGAUCACGGCCACUCCCACGGAGAUCACGGCCACUCCCAUGGAGGCCAUGGCCACUCCCAUGAGGACCCCCAUUGCCAUGAUGAGCUGCACACUCCAGGGAAGGGCUCAAGUAAACAGAUUUUACAAGGGGUGUUUCUACAUAUUGUAGCUGACACACUGGGCAGCGUUGGAGUGAUAAUCUCAGCCAUCUUGAUGCAGAAGUAUGACCUGAUGAUCGCUGACCCCAUCUGCUCCAUUUGCAUCUCCAUUCUAAUCGGAGUCAGCGUGGUGCCGCUACUGAGGGAGUCCAUCGGGAUUCUGAUGCAGCGGACUCCACCCGCUCUGGACCACGCCUUGCCAGAAUGCUACCAGAGGGUGCAGCAGCUGCAGGGUGUGUACAACCUGCAGGAGCCUCACUUCUGGACCCUCUGCACGGAUGUCUACAUUGGGACACUCAAGCUGCUGAUCGCACCCGACGCCGACAGCAAAUGGAUCCUCAGCCAGACGCACAACAUCUUCACACAGGCUGGUGUACGGCAGUUGUAUGUCCAAAUAGAAGUGGCAGCGAUGUAGGUUCUUCUACAUCUCCUUGGGAGUCCAGGACCAAAGCCCUCUGUGUGCUGCCGGGGGGUGGUGUGGGGGUUACCACCACCUGUUUCUCCCUAAACCAGCAUCGUUGGGUUUCAAAGUCCACAUCCCAAACCAAGGACCAAGAUGGGAAAAGCCACAGGACUCAUAUCCUCUUAUUCUUAGUAGGAUACAAAAAAAAAACCCCAGGAGGAAACCAAAACUUGCCAAUUACGACGUGAUGUCUGCAAGGAAUACUGGACUUUUACUACAGACACUGCACCCCCUUCUGCUCAUUCUACCGUUUAAAACUUGUCAUAAUGUCAAGAGACCCUGUGGUCUCGUCGUAUGUCUUUUUGGUUUUAAUUCAUUUGUAAUUACUGUCUCAGAAGUACACUUCACUGGCCAUUUUGUGAUAAGCCCUACAAUCAUGUAAGAUCGAUUGAUAGUCUAUUUUUGUACCUGCGUGUAAUACCAGUCACAGAUGAUUCAUAAAUAAGGGGCAUAUUCCAUUAGGCUGUUUAGUUGCACUUUGCACACGUGAGGCCUUUUGACUGUCAUUCUGGGUUUCUUAAGUGCCUUUUCCAUCAAGUCAUGGGCUAUGUGAGUUGUAUCUGUGUGUGGGGCCAGAAUCCUGUCCCUCAAGACCCGGAGAGAAUCAGACGGCCAACGUCUCUUUAUUCCAAACCCAUGGUGCACUCUUGAGGGUUUGUCUGGAAAUUUUUCCUAAGGGAAAGUUGUCAGAACUCCUCUUGACCACUUCUGACAAAAUUCCCUGGACAGCAGAUUUGUUUGAACCAUGUACAGCUGCAUACAGCCGUGUCAAGGGAAACGGCUAAAACAGAUGUAAAAAUGAAGUGAGCCUGAAACCCGCGAUUUCAUCGCCCUCAUUUGUCUUAUGUUUUAUUUACAGGGCCAAGUGUGCAGUCAACCAGUUUCUUUUUGAAAUGUAAUAAAUGAUUU